AUUUCGUUGCCGCCAUAUUUGAUUCCUGGAGGAAAAACUUCCGCGUUUUGAAAAACUGUGUUUUUGUCGGUUUUCACGCAGAUUUGGCGAUAUUUUAUCUUUCCUAGGUAUUUUAUCGAUUAUAAAGAAGGGAAGAGUAACUUACAUUAAUUCCCUGGUAGUAGUUGAGACGCAGUAUUUCGAUUUGACGUCGUUCAACGUAAUGUUGAUUGGACAAGCCUGUGUAGAGUCGUUGUCAUGACAACCCAUCCAUCCCAUCCUUGCAUAUGAAGACGCCAUAGAAGGAGGAGAAAAAUUUGGAGCAACAAAUUCGGAGCGAGAACUCGGACUGUUGUUUACGCAAACAUUAUCUUAAGAUGGCCACAGUUAACGGUAUCGUCCCAGCACGAUUUCUUACGCUGAUUGCACAUCUCAUCAUCACCAUCAACUUGUACUGGACAAGGGUAGGUAGUAACAGCGAACAUCUUACAAAUUUACUUUGUUAUUUCUUCAUAAAGCUAGCUGCAUUAUAUAAUAUUAGGACGAUACGAAAAAGCAAUGUCCUUGGAAAAAGUAAACUUGCUGGUCAUUUCAACACAAUUUUACUUGAGUUGUCCUUGACGCUGUGUGCUGUAGCGACCGCGGCCCAUGCGAGCGCUGCCGUCAGCCUGUCGUACUUUGUGUUUGAGCAGUGGGAGUGUGACCUGUACUGGUGGGUCUUCGGGUUCUGCAGGUAA